AUGAUGUUCGCGUCACAGCCGUAGGCAAAUAAUUUGCACGCUCGUCUCCACCAAACUUGAAUUACCAAAAUUGCUGCAUUUUGUUGGAUUUGCUCCCAACUUUGCGUGCCGAAAAGCCGUGACAUAUGAUGCUGCCCUGAGCGUGCACGAGUGGCUAGCCAGCGAUGGGCGCCAAUAGCAGCAAGCUAGAAAAGGCGCUCGCGGAGGCCCCGGAGGAUGAGCGAUACUAUGGUCUUGAAAACUUUGGCAACACGUGCUAUUGCAACUCCGUGUUGCAAGCACUGUACUUCUGCAAACCGUUUCGCGAGCGGCUGCUGAAGUAUGGCGCGUCAUUGCCGGGUAACGUCGAGGAGAAUCUGCUGAACUGCCUGGCGGACCUCUUCACACAGAUCAACUCGAGCAAGAAAAAGGUGGGCGUAAUCUCGCCCAAGAAGUUUGUGCAGCGGCUGAAACGCGACAACGAGCUGUUUCGGGGGCACAUGCACCAGGACGCGCACGAGUUCCUGAACUACCUGCUCAACUGCAGCUGCGAGCUGCUGGAGCAGGAGGCCAAGGCGGCGGGCGGAGGGGGAGGCGGAGGCGGCGGCAGCUCGCAGCCCAUCACUACCUGGGUGCACGACAUCUUCCAGGGCAAGCUGGUGAACGAGACCCGCUGCCUGCACUGCGAGACGGUCACCAGCCGCGAGGAGGUAUUCAUGGACCUCAGCUUGGAGAUCGACCAGAACACCUCCGUCACAUCCUGCCUGCGCAACUUCAGCUCCAUGGAGAUGCUGGACCGGGACGACAAGUUCUUCUGCGACCACUGCUGCUGCCUGCAGGAGGCCAAGAAGCGCAUGCUGCUGCGCUCCGUGCCGCCCUGCCUCAUCCUGCACCUCAAGCGGUUCAAGUACGUGGAGGCGCAGGGCAGGAUGCGCAAGCUGAUGUACCGGGUGGUGUUCCCCAUGGAGCUCAAGCUGGCCAACACCACCUCGGACGACCCCGCGGCGCCCGACACGCUGUACAGCCUGACCGCAGUGGUGGUGCACGUGGGCAGCGGGCCGCACCACGGUCACUACGUCUCCCUCAUCAAGAGCGGCAGCCAGUGGAUGUUCUUUGACGAUGAGACGGUGGAGCUGAUCACAGAGAGCCAGGUGCAGAGCACGUUUGGGUCCACGUCCGACUACGGCCAGAAUAACAUGGACCACGGAUACAUCCUGUUCUACGAGAAGGCAGGGUGAGGAGGCAGCGGGCAUGCCGCAUGCGGCGGAGCGGCUGAUGGCAUGAUGGGACGGGAGAAAGGAGGCUGGAACUGAUUUUAAGUGGGGGAAAUGGCUUCGAGAGGCGGGCUGGUAAGGCGCGAGGACGGCAACGGGGGGUGCGCCAGGCAGCUGUGGGAAGCCCCGCCUAGGGGCAUCACUGUGGGGGCCCUGUCUGCACCUGGUAAUUGCGGGGCGGCAGGGAAGUCUCGGCGAUGGAGGAGCGGGUAGGUGCAAGGUGUGUGUGGGGGGGGGGGAGUACGGCGUGGCAGUAUCGUGAUACUCAGGUCGAGGUGUGUGGCUGUGUGCGGGGGCCUGGGGCUGUGAUGGGUUACUAAAGCGCAAUCAACAGGCACUGCCCGGCAGCGGGGGGGCCGGAACACACGCCUGGCAGCUGCAGCUGCAGGUUUCCCACUGUUUCGUCUGCGCAUUGUGUGUGCCGGAUGGCGAAAUGCUUACCGUAUGUUUGGACGCUGGCGGGCAACGUGCACCAGGUGUGUUACGCGUAACACGGCGAUCGCGAGAGAGCCUUGGAUGCCCUCGCCUGGGAUGCCCCCGGUCAGCUGGACAAGUGCAGUCCGCUGGCAAGGGUGGGCUGUACUGUACAGGCAUCGUGUUCAUGCUGUAUGGAAGCCGGAGCAGGAUAAGUCGGGCACAGGGCUGUGUGCAAUGAGACUGUAAGACACCCCUGCUGUAAGAGGUGCGACCAGGCUGGGGACCACCGUUUCCAGUCCGUGUAAGCAACACAGACC